CGGGCCCUGGGGACCCCCCUGUGUAACGCAUUCCGUGGUCAGCCGUUCAUUUAAAACGUAUGAUUAUCAAUCUCAAAAGUAUCAUGUGAACGAGCAGAGCGCCAGGACACGAAGCCUUAUGAUAGGCUAAGCACGAUCACCAAUAAGGCGGGUUAUACUCGAAGGAGAGAGAGGGAGAACGCGAGAGGGGAGAAGCCGCACUCCGCAGUCUCCGCGCUCAACAGCAGCGUCGAUAAAACGUGAAAUACGGUAAUCACGAACGGCCAGGAGAAGCUGGAAAAGAAACGAACCAUUGUUCCGCUGAGAGACAAUCCCAAGAUGUGUGAGAAGAGGAAAACUUUACUGUCGAUAAAAGGCAUCGGUUUUCCUUCACAGUUGCGUCUGAUCAGCGCUUAAUUGGCAGCAGCGUUAUAAUUCCACACCGGAGUGAGACCGGGGAUAUGAACAGUAGCGAUUAUCCUAUUCGUUCAUCUAAUACAUCAAAAUAAGAAUACUGUCCAUCUUCGAAGGAAGAGCAGAGCGGAAGGCGGGUUAACCCUACCUAAAACACAAAAUAGAAAACCCGGAUUUCCAGAAGGGAGGAGUACAUAUGAGCCUUGAUCUCGGCUAGAUAAGUCUUUCUUGUCUUUUUCUUGGUUUUUUUUUUGGGGGGGGGGGAUCUUUUGGCUUGAGAUUUCCCAACCCCGGGAUCUGCAGGAGAUGGUUCAUUCCAGCUGCAGGAGCGGAGCCUCAAUGCACUGGGAUUUUUCUCAGCGCCGAUACAAAGUGAAUCUUCCCUUUCAAACCAUCUGAUAGCGUCGCUGCCAGAUUUCUGCCAUGAGAGCCUCUUUGAAUUCGGAGGGAAGAGGACUGGUAAGGACUGCGUGUAGAUGCUCUUACAGCGGCCCGAGGAAACUGGACAGACUGGGGAUUUUUGCGCUAAUGAGGGUGGAAGUGCCGGUUCACUACUGGAGCCGGGUUCUCUUCUUGUACAUGGGAUUGCUGGCUUCUUCUGCGAAGGCUCAGAACUGCAGUCACACGCUACAUGGUCCCAAUGGAACGAUAGAAAGCCCAGGAUUUCCUUACGGCUACCCCAAUUAUGCCAACUGCACGUGGAUUGUGGUCACACAGGACCACAACAGAAUACAGCUGGUGUUCCAGUCCUUGGCUUUGGAAGAGGACUUUGACAUUCUCUCUGUGUAUGAUGGCCAGCCCCAUCAGAGCAACUUAAGGACAAGGCUGACGGGAUUCCAGCUCCCACCUCCGAUUGUCAGCUCGGGCCCCCGCCUCACACUGUGGCUCCUGUCAGAUUACGCUGUCAGUGGGCAGGGCUUCAGGGCCACGUACGAAGCUCUACCCAGCUAUACCUGUGGAAAUCCGGGACGCCUGCAGAAUGGGAUCCAGCAGGGCUCCACUUUCAACAUUGGAGACAAGAUCCGGUAUAGCUGUAAUCCUGGCUACGUCCUGGAGGGACACACCAUCCUCUCCUGCCUCGCCACAUCUUCAGGCACGGCUGCCUGGGACUUCCCUCUGCCCUACUGUCGGGCUGACGAUGGCUGUGGUGGCACCUUGCGGGGUCAGAGUGGGGUCAUCACCAGCCCCAAUUACCCACAGGAAUACAACAACAACGCCGACUGCACCUGGACUGUGCUGGCUGAGCCUGGGGACACCAUCGCCUUGGUCUUCUCUGACUUCCAGCUGGAGGAUGAUUACGACGUGCUGGAGAUCAGUGGCACCGAUGGCUCCUCACAGUGGUUCACUGGGCCCAACCUGCCCUCUCCUGUCAUUAGCAGUAAGAACUGGCUGAGACUUCACUUCACAUCUGAUGGGAACCACCGACUGAGGGGCUUCAGCGCACAGUACCAGGUGAAGAAAAUGACUGAGCUGAAAUCCCGAGGUGUGAAACUGCUCCCGAGCAAAGACAAUCACCAGAAAAUAUCUGUCUUGUCUCAGAUGGGUGUGGCUCAGGGGCACAACAUGUGUCCAGACCCAGGAAUUCCUGAGAGAGGCAAGAGAAAAGGUUCAGACUUCCGGCGGGGUUCCACUGUGCACUUUUCCUGCGACGAGGGGUACGAGCUGCAGGGCUCAAAGAGCAUCACCUGCCUCCGGGUGACGGACAGCUAUGUUGGCUGGAGCGAUGAUCGCCCAUUCUGCAGGGCUCCAAUGUGUGGGGGGCAGCUCAGAGGCCCCACAGGACUCAUCACUUCCCCCAAUUUUCCUGUGCAGUAUGACAACAAUGCCAACUGCACCUGGGUGAUCACUGCCUCCGACCUCACCAAGGUCAUCAAGUUGACGUUUGAGGAAUUCGACCUGGAAAGGGGCUACGAUACACUUACAGUGGGAGACGGGGCAGCGGUUGGAGACUCGAAGACCAUCUUUCAUGUAUUAUCAGGGACCACUACCCCUGACCUGGUUGUCAGCACCAGUCACCAGAUGUGGCUCAAUUUCAAGACAGAUGACACAAGUGGGUCUCUCGGCUUCAAGGUGUCUUUUGAAGAAAUUGAGCAAGGAAGCUGUGGGGACCCGGGUAUCCCCGCAUAUGGCAAGAGAGAGGGUUCGGGCUUCCGUCAUGGCGACAAGCUCCACUUCGAGUGCCUCCCAGCCUUCGAGCUGGUGGGAAGGAAGAAUAUCACCUGUCAGAAGAACAACCAAUGGUCGGCCAAGAAGCCCAGUUGCGUGUUCUCCUGCUUUUUCAACUUCACCACCCCAUCAGGUGUGCUGCUCUCACCCAACUACCCCCAGGACUAUGGGAACAACAUGCACUGCGUGUGGCUCAUCAUCACCAAGCCGGAGAGUCGCAUCAACCUGGCGUUCAACGAUCUGAGCAUGGAGAAGCAGUUCGACUUCCUGUCGGUGAAGGACGGGGGCAAAGCCGAGUCGCCCAUCCUGGGGACCUUCUCUGGUGACACGCUACCCUCGCCCCUCACCACCAGCGCCCACGUGGCCAGGCUGGAGUUCCUCACUGACCACACCAACACUGACCGCGGCUUCAACAUCACCUUCACCACAUUCCGGCAUAAUGAGUGUCCGGACCCCGGUGUUCCUGUCAAUGGGAAACGCUUCGGAGACAGCCUUCAGCUGGGCAGCUCUAUGUCCUUCCUGUGUGAGGAGGGAUUUGUCAAGACCCACGGCUCCCAGACCAUCUCCUGUAUCCUGAAGGACGGUAACGUGGUGUGGGACAACGCAGUGCCACGGUGUGAGGCACCCUGUGGUGGGGAGCUGAAGUCACCCAGUGGUAUCAUUCUGUCCCCCGGCUGGCCGGAGCUCUACAAGGAGGCCCUGAACUGUGAGUGGAUCAUCGAGGCUCCACCAGGAUACCCCAUCAAGAUCAUCUUUGACAAGUUCAGGACAGAGGUGAAUUAUGAUAUACUGGAGGUACGGGAUGGGAAAUACCCUUCUUCUCCACUGAUCGGAAGCUACCAGGGCACUCAGGUCCCUCAAUUCCUCAUCAGCACCUCCAACUACCUCUACCUGAUGUUCUCCACAGACAAGAGCCACUCGGACAUUGGCUUCCGGAUCCGAUAUGAGACGGUGCAGCUGCAGUCCGAUCACUGUGUUGAUCCCGGUAUCCCCGUGAACGGCCAGCGCCAUGGCAAUGACUUCUACGUCGGCGCCCUGGUGACAUUCAGUUGUGAGUCCGGCUACACUCUGAGCGACAACGAGCCCUUGGAGUGUGAGCCCAACUUUCAAUGGAGCCGCCCCCUGCCCAGCUGUGACGCUCUGUGUGGAGGGUACAUUCAGGGAUCCACAGGCACCAUCCUGUCUCCUGGUUUUCCUGACUUCUAUCCCCACAACCUCAACUGCACCUGGGUGAUUGAAACAUCCCAUGGCAAAGGUGUGCAGUUCAACUUCCACACCUUCCACCUUGAAAGCCCUCAUGACCACCUGCUUAUAACGGAGAACGGCAGCUUCUCCCACCCUCUGAAACGCCUCACAGGGUCCACCCUGCCCCCCCCACUCAGUGCCGGGCUGUACGGCAACUUCACCGCCCAGAUCCGCUUCCUGUCUGACUUCUCCGUGUCCUACGAGGGCUUCAACAUCACCUUCUCAGAGUACGAACUAGAGCCCUGUGAGGACCCUGGGGUCCCUCCGUUCAGUACUCGCAAGGGGUUGCAGUUUGGGGUGGGGGAUGCCUUGACUUUCUCCUGCUUCCCGGGGUACCGUCUGGAGGGUCCUUCUCGGGUCACGUGUCUCGGGGGUCGGCGCCGGGUAUGGAGCUCCCCUCUGCCAAGGUGUGUUGCGGAGUGCGGCUCAUCUGUGACUGGCACCCAGGGCGUCCUCCUGUCACCCAACUACCCCGCCUACUACAGCAAUAACCAUGAGUGCAUCUACUCCAUCCAGACCCAGCCGGGCAAAGGCAUCCAGCUACGGGCCAGGGACUUCAGACUGGAGGGAGGGGAUGUACUGAAGGUUUAUGAUGGGAACAGCAACCGUGCCCGCCUGCUGGGUAUUUACUCUGGCAUGGACCUGCUGGGACUCGCUCUGAAUAGCACCUCCAGCUCCCUGUGGUUGGAGUUCAUCAGCAACACCCAGAACACCAGCAAGGGAUUCGAGCUGCACUUCACCAGUUUUGAGCUGGUGAAGUGUGAGGACCCUGGGGUGCCCCAGUUUGGCUACAAAAAAGAGGACAAGGGUCACUUUGCAGGCAGCACCGUGUCCUACAGCUGUAACCCUGGGUACACGCUGAAGGGCAACGAAGUCCUUACUUGCCUUACCGGAGAGAGGCGGGCCUGGAACAGCCCUCUUCCACACUGCGUAGCGGAAUGUGGAGGUAUCAUUCGAGGGGAGACAUCAGGGCGGAUACUGUCGCCGGGGUACCCUGCACCCUACGACCACAACCUACAUUGCGUGUGGACCAUCGAGGCCCAGCCUGGCAGCACCAUCGGGCUGCACUUCCUGGUCUUCCACACGGAGGAGUACCAUGAUGUUCUGCGGAUCUGGGACGGGCCACCGGAGGGUGGGAUCCUGCUGCGUGAGCUGAGCGGCUCCCUUCUUCCUCCCGACAUACACAGCACCUUUAGCUCCGUCACCCUGCAGUUCAACACAGACUUUUUCACCAGCAAGCAAGGCUUUGCACUGCAAUUCUCAGUGUCCACAGCAACCUCCUGCAAUGACCCUGGCACUCCAUCUAAUGGGACACGCAGCGGAGACAGUCGGGAGCCGGGAGACCACGUGUUGUUCCAGUGUGAUGCUGGCUAUGUGCUACAGGGGGCACCCAAGAUCACCUGUACGGAGAUCGACAGUCGCUUCUUCUGGCAGCCAGACCCUCCUACCUGUACAGCUCCAUGUGGUGGGAACUUGACGGGCCCAAGCGGGCUGAUCCUCUCUCCCGAGUACCCGGAACCCUACCCACAUGGCCACGAGUGUGACUGGACCGUCACUGUGACCCCUGACUACGUCAUCGCCCUGAAUUUCAUCCAUUUCAGUCUGGAGCCCAGCUAUGACUUCUUGCACAUCUAUGAUGGCCCGGACUCACUCAGCCCCCUGGUGGGCAGUUUCUACGGCACAGAGGUUCCUGACCGCAUUGAGAGCAGCUCUAACACACUUUUCCUGGCCUUCCGCAGUGAUGCCUCCCUGAGCAGCAGUGGGUUUGUCCUCCAGUACACUGAAAAUCCCAGAGAGUCUUGUUUCGAGCCCGGGCCUGUGCUCAAUGGCACCCGUGUGGGGGCAGACCUCAAACUGGGAUCCACAGUCACCUUCUACUGCGACAGCGGCUACGUGAUUGAGGGAGAUUACACUCUCACCUGCAUCAUGGGGGCAGACGGGAAGCCAAGCUGGAACAAGCCACGGCCCAAAUGCAUAGCUCCCUGUGGUGGACAGUACUCUGGUAUGGAGGGGGUGGUGCUAUCUCCAGGUUACCCUGGCAACUACAGCAGUGGGAGGAGCUGCCUGUAUUCCAUUGUGGUGCCCAAGGAGUAUGUUGUCUUUGGACAGUUUGCCUUUUUCCAGACUGCCCUGAAUGAUGUGGUAGAAGUGCAUGAUGGGCCUACCCAGCAUUCCCGGCUUCUCAGUUCCUUGUCUGGAUCACACACAGGUGAAUCGCUCCCACUGGCGACUUCCAAUCAGAUCCUCAUCAGGUUCAAUGCCAGAGGUCAAGCUACAUCUCAGGGCUUUCACUUUGUGUACCAAGCCGUUCCUCGCACUAGCGCCACCCAGUGCAGCUCGGUCCCGGAGCCGCGCUAUGGCAAGAGGGUGGGAAACAACUUUGCAGUGGGGGCGGUGAUCCAGUUUGAGUGUAACUCGGGCUACGCGCUGGAGGGAGCCCAUGCCAUCGAGUGCCUCACUGUCCCCGGGGCUCUGGCCCAGUGGAACAGCACCGUUCCCAGCUGUAUAGUGCCAUGCGGAGGGAACCUGACCCAGCGGACUGGUACCAUCCUGUCCCCAGGUUUCCCCGAGCCCUAUCUGAACAGCCUGAACUGCGUGUGGAAGAUCACUGUUCCUGAAGGAUCUGGCAUUCAGAUCCAGGUAAUCAGCUUUGUGACAGAGCACAACUGGGAUUCUCUCGAGGUGUUUGAUGGAGGUGACAACACUGACACCUUGCUGGGCAGCUUCUCAGGUACCACAGUGCCAGCACUGCUGAACAGCACAUCCAACCAGCUCUAUCUUCACUUCUUUUCUGAUAUCAGUGUUUCUGCUGCUGGCUUCCACCUGGAAUACAAAACCGUGUCCCUGACUAGCUGCCCAGAACCUGUGAUUCCCAGCAAUGGUAUGAAAGUAGGGGAUCGAUACCAGAUGAACAACGUGGUGUCUUUCCAUUGUGAACCUGGUUACAUCCUCCAGGGCCGCUCUCACAUCUCUUGUAUGCCUGGAACGGUGCGCCGAUGGAACUUUCCUCCUCCACUCUGCAUCGCACCAUGUGGGGGGGUCCGGGAGGAAAUGGAAGGGAUGAUCUUGAGCCCAGGGUUCCCAGGAAAUUACCCCAGCAACAGCGACUGCACCUGGAGGCUCUACCUGCCUGUGGGCUUUGGUGCCCACAUACAAUUCCUCAAUUUCUCCACGGAGGCCAACCAUGACUUCAUUGAGAUUCGCAAUGGCCCCUUUGAAACCAGCUCGGUGAUCGGUCGAUUUAGUGGACAGGAGCUCCCCCCUUCCCUGCUGACCACCUCCCAUGAGACCACGGUGUACUUCCGGAGUGACCACUCCCAGAACAAGCCCGGCUUCCGAUUCGAGUACCAGGCUUACGAACUGCAGGAGUGUCCUGACCCAGAGCCCUUUCAACAUGGCGCGGUGAUAGGUGCUGGGUAUAACGUUGGCCAGUCCAUUUCCUUUGAAUGCCACCCAGGGUACCAGCUUGUUGGGCAUGCCAUCCUAACCUGCCAGCACGGCACCAACCGCAACUGGGACCAGCCCUUCCCCAGAUGCGAAGCGCCCUGCGGAGGCAACAUAACAGCCGACAAUGGGACCAUUUUUUCACCGGGUUAUCCGAACGAAUACCCCAGCUCUGCCGACUGCGAAUGGCUGAUCACUGUAGCCCAUGGGCAAGGAGUCCACAUCAAUCUCACUUUAGUGCACGUCCCGGGUCCGAACAAUUUCAUCACCAUUUGGGAUGGUCCUCAGGAGACGGCCCAGAAACUAGGAGUGUUCAGCGGGAACAAAGUUGUAGAAUGUCCCAGCAGCACCACCAACCAGGUCCUCAUCCGUUUCCGUAGCGAUGCAGAAAAAGGAGGUCUCUUCAGUAUCAGCUACCAAGCUUACCUCCUCCAGUUUUGUCUACCACCACCCAUUGUCCCAAACGCUGAAAUCCUGAUGGCCAGCAAAGAGUUCAAAAUAGGGGACAUUGUGCGCUACAGGUGCUUGCCUGGAUACCAGCUGAGUGGCAACGAUAUUCUUACCUGUCGACUGGGGACCCACCUGGACUUUGAAGGCCCCCUACCGUCCUGUGAAGUUACCUGCCCCAUGAAUGAGGUUCUGACAGACUCCACAGGGGUGAUCCUGAGCCAGACUCCAGGCAGCGGGUUCCCACACUUCGAGACGUGCUCCUGGGUGGUGAAGGUGGAACCUGGGCACAACAUCUCGCUCACCAUCGAGCGCUUCCAGAGCAGCCGGCAGUACGACGAGCUGGAAAUCUUUGAUGGACCCUCCAGACAGAGCCCCACCCUGAUCGUACUCAGUGGAAAUUACUCCUCCCCCCUGAGCAUCACGAGCUCCUCCAAUAAGGUGUAUCUUCACUGGACCUCAGACCACGCCUCCAGCCACAAGGGAUUCCGGAUUCGCUAUUCAGCGGCGUACUGCAGCCCCCCGAACCCUCCCGCCAACGGGUCAGUCCACAGUCAGACGGGCACCAAGCUGGGCAGCACCCUCCGCUUCGGCUGUGAUCAGGGCUUCCACCUAAUCGGACAGAGCAGCGCCACCUGCACGCGCGCCUCACAGGGCCUCUACCAGUGGAGCGCCCCAGCACCCCUGUGCCAAGUGGUGUCGUGCGGCGUGCCCCAGCCUCCUGUCAAUGGCACUGUCACUGGGCGGGACUAUACCGUGGGCUCCAGGGCCGUGUUCCAGUGCAACCAGGGCUUCAGACUUUCCAUGAACCACCCUGUUUCCAUCGUGUGCCAGGAAUCGGGCAAGUGGAGCCCCACCGACACCCCACCUCACUGCUCCGCCGUGACUUGUCCAGACAUUGGCCAUUCCGCAGUGGCACAUGGGAGAUGGAGGCUGAUCUACGGGACCCAUAAUCAAUAUGAUGCCCAAAUGAUGCUUGUCUGCGACCCUGGCUACUAUUACAGGGGGCCCCGUGUCAUCAGAUGUCAGGCCAACGGCACCUGGAGCUAUCCCGACCCCAGGCCAGCCUGCAACAUUAUCUCCUGCGGGGAGGUGUCUACUCCUGUGAACGGGAACAAGAUUGGCACUCUGACUGUGUAUGGUGCCACCGCCAUCUUCUCCUGCAACACUGGCUUCACCCUGGUGGGCUCCCGCGUUCGGGAAUGCAUGGCCAACGGGCUCUGGAGUGGAACACCAGUCCAGUGUCUCGCUGGACACUGUGGCACCCCCGAGCCCAUUGUAAACGGGCAGAUUACAGGGGAGAAUUAUAACUACCGAGGCAGCGUGGUGUACCAGUGCAACCCUGGGUUCCGUCUCAUCGGUGUGUCAGUGCGAAUCUGCGAGCAGGACCACCAUUGGUCUGGGAAAACUCCUGUCUGUGUCCCCAUCACCUGUGGUCAUCCCGGAAACCCCAUGAACGGCGUGACUCAGGGGGCGCAGUUCAACCUCUAUGACACAGUGAGGUUCACGUGCAGUACUGGCUACAAGCUCCAGGGGGCAGUCAUGUCACAGUGCCAGCCCAAUGGGCAGUGGAGCAACUCCCUGCCAGCUUGUGAAAUUGUGAACUGCACAGACCCAGGGCACAUUGAGAACGGCGUGAGGCAGGUGCAGCCCAGUGGACCUCAUCGCUUCAGUUUCCAGACCAUCGUGACCUACUCGUGCAGCCCCGGGUACUACCUACUGGGCACCAGUGCCCUGGCCUGCCAGGGGGAUGGCACCUGGGACCGCUCCCUUCCCAAAUGUCUGUUGGUGUUGUGUGACCGUCCCAGCAUCCCUCCCUAUGCCCAGAUCUCGGGGGACAGGCGCACAGUGGGCUCGGUGGUGAGAUACAGCUGCAUGGGUCACCGUGCUCUCAUCGGAAACUCCACCAGGAUGUGCCAGCUGGAUGGGCACUGGAGUGGGUCGCUGCCACACUGCUCUGGGGAGAGCCAGGGUCUGUGCGGAGACCCGGGAGUCCCGGUGCGCGGCAUCCGGCUGGGGGAGGAGUUCUCGGCGGGCAGCGUCGUGCGGUUCAGCUGUGAGCCAGGGUACGUCCUCCGGGGAUCGUCCGAGAGAACCUGCCUGGCCAACGUCACCUGGUCCGGGACACAGCCCGAAUGCCACGUGGUGUCCUGUGGAAACCCUGGCACCCCCCAGAACGCACAGGUUCUGUUCCACGAUGGCCUGGUGUUCUCGCGCUCGAUCACCUACUCCUGUCGUGAGGGCUACUACUCCACAGGGCUGCUGACCCGCCACUGCACCGUCAAUGGCACCUGGACUGGCACCAUGCCUGAGUGCACAGUGAUCAACUGUGGGGACCCGGGCGUGCCCGCUAACGGUGUGAGAAUCGGCAAUGACUUCACCUACAACCACACGGUGUCCUUCCAGUGUGCCCCUGGCUUCACCAUGGACGCGGACCGUGCCUCCAGCCUCAGCUGUACCAAAGACCGCACAUGGAACGGCACCAAACCCAUCUGCAGAGCAAUCGUGUGUCCAUUGCCUCCCAGCAUUCCCAACGGGAGGGUGGUGGGCUCGGAUCUCCACUGGGGUGCCAGCGUGAGCUACGCCUGUAUUGAGGGGUACCAGCUAUCCCUGCCUGCGGUGCUCACCUGCCAGGGCAAUGGCACCUGGAGCGGCGAGAGGCCCCAGUGCUUCCCUGUGUUCUGUGGUGAUCCGGGGAUGCCAUCCCAGGGCCGACGGGAGGACCGCGGCUUCACCUACCUCUCCUCCGUCUCUUUCUCAUGCUUUCCCCCGCUGGUCCUGGUGGGCUCGGCCCGGCGCUACUGCCAGUCCGAUGGCACCUGGAGCGGCACACAGCCCUCCUGUAUAGAUCCUAGCCACACCAGCUGUGUGGACCCAGGCGUCCCCUUGUUUGGAAUCCAGAAUAACUCACAGGGCCACCAGAUUGGCAGCACGCUGUUCUUCAGCUGCAGGAAGGGCUACCUGCUCCAGGGCUCCAUCACCCGCACCUGCCUGCCCAACCUCACCUGGAGCGGGAUCCAGCCAGAGUGCACAGCCCACCACUGUAGCCAACCAGAGCUGCCAGUGAGGGCUGAUGUCAGCGCUAUCGAGCUGCCGUCCCUGGGGUACACCCUUCUCUACUCCUGCCAGCCUGGCUUCUACUUGACUGGGGGGUCAGAACACAGGACCUGCCGGGCCGAUGGCAGCUGGACUGGCAAGCCCCCUGUCUGUUCAGCUGAUACCAGACCCAGUGGGAACAACAUUGGAACAGUACAAGAAGUGCCCAAUGCCAGACUUCCAGUCCCAGGAGACGUCUUUGCCAAGAACUCCCUGUGGAAGGGCUCCUAUGAGUACCUGGGGAAGAAGCAACCAGCCAUGUUGAGUAUCACCAGCUUUGAGCACUACAACAACCGUGUCAACGCCACCCUCAUCGACCACAGCGGCGUGGAGCUCAAGCUGGCUGGCACCUACAAGAAGGAAGAGGCCCACUUGCUUUUGCAGGUGUAUCAGAUCCGAGGCCCAGUGGAGAUAUUUGUCAACAAGUUCAAGAGUGAGAACUGGGCUUUGGAUGGUCAUGUGUCCUCCAUGGCUUCGAGCAGUUCAUUUGUGUACCAGGGGUUUGUCCGAGGGAAAGGGUUUGGGCAGUUCGGACUCCAGAGACUGGAUACUAACCUGCUGGAGAAGGAACGGGAGACCACAGGUUACAACUUCGCGUCCAACAGCAGCUCUGUGGCAGCAGCCAUCCUUGUGCCUUUCAUUGCCAUGAUCAUAGCUGGCUUCGCCCUGUAUCUCUACAAACACAGGAGGAGACCCAAAGUCCCAUUCAAUGGCUAUGCCGGUCAUGAAAACACCAAUGGCAGAGCCACCUUUGAGAACCCCAUGUAUGACCGCAACAUUCAGCCCACUGACAUCAUGACCAACGAGACUGAGUUUGCUGUCAGCACAGUGUGCACAGCAGUAUAGCGCUCACCCACCUCCCAGAAAUCCAGAAGGAAUGGAUGUCCUGUCAUGUCACACGUCUUCAUCCAGUAAGUGUCCCAGAGCUCUCUGCACCCAAUCUUGAGGGUGUGAGAACCCCACCAGUGGAGACAUCUGCUUCUUUAUCCCUGUCCGGAUGAGGAUGAUGAGAAUGGAAAAUGGAACCCAGGGAGAAUGGAAACAGCAGCAAGUGACAUAGUUAUCUUGUCAGACAUCACAGCUGAACUCCAAUGUGUUGCAAGGAGCCGCUCUGUUUUUUCUAUUUAUUUUUUAGUUGGGUCCUUUGGCACUUCAAAAGUUGCUUUUGCAAAACUCAGUUUCUAGAAAACCAAGCCAGGGGUCUUCUUCAGUACUUUAGCAAAGCUUCCCUGCUUGUAAGACAUACUGGUGGACCUACUGUAUACUAGUGGAUCAACCAAACCUGACAGCAUGAAAGCGCCUGGAGAUGAGCAUUAUUAAGGGAGAGGGCAGGGGCAGGCUCCUGUGUCAACCCAGCCUUCAUAUGACAGAAGAGAGUCCAUUUCAGCUCAUGGCAUCUUGAAACAUGUUCCUUGGUAUUCCUCUUGAGAGGUAGAGCUUUCUGAUCUUUGGCCUCUGUGGGUCGGUAAACGUUUGCUCUCCCCUGUUUUCAGAUUCUCUGAGUUCUUGCCUGCAGUAAUCAUCCCUUCCUCGAGACACAAUGUUGGAAAACACGAGGCAAGGGACUGGAUAUAAGUAGCACUGUGGAUACUUUCUAUGAAUAACUAUUUUGGUUCUUAAUGGAGGAUUUUAUUUCAAUAUACUGAGAAUGCACAGCAAAGAGAGGCUUGCGUACCUAUGGCAGCUCACAGGGCAAAGCCAUA